AUGCCACAACCCGCUCAAAUUGGUGCUCUCACAGAUGAGCUAGUCGCCUCUAUCACGAACUUCUCGCCUUCUACAAAUGCCCAGGCGUUCAAACACGCGAAAGACCUCGCUGCAAGGGGCCUCCGAGGGUACCAAUAUGGUCGGACGAAUCAGUUUGAUGUCCGCGCAAAGCUAGACGGAUUCGACGAGAAAUUCCGCGUUCUCAAUCGAGAUGAUCUCGCCAACGCGUUACUAGAACGCUUGAAAGAGCUGGACAAGGUCUCGACCAAGUGGACUCCAGAAACACUCUCGCUUCUCUUGCAACUCUCCGAUCGGCCGGUGGAGAAGUCCAAUGUAGACGAUUUGGAAUUACUUAAACCUCCGCAAUCUCCUUCGCCGCUCACCUGGGCGGAAAUAAUUGCGGAUGACCCUCUAGACGAGGAGGGUAUAUGGGAAAGCAUUGACUACGCGGCCGAGUCUUCGGAAGACGAGAAAGAUUAUCGGAAGCGAGAGAAAGCCAGAGCAUCGGAGCCCACACCGUCCUCCAGCUUCACCGAAGAAGACUCCCAUCUCGAUCCUGAGUCCUAUGUGAUUCCUAUUCAAAAAGAUGCAUUACUUGACAUUCGGAAAGAGCAAUUCUGGAGACACCCUGCAGAGCAUCAGGCUGGUGGAGCCCUCGCUGAAGGAAACCAUGCAGCCAAAAAGAGCGCCUCUGAGAUCACUGAGCUACAAAUGAUCCGUGAAGUCUUGUUCAUGCUUGCAGGUCUCCCAACCACUCUUUACACCAUUGACACGAACUUGCGGGAGUUUAAGAUCAACACGGUGUUCACUUUAGGCCACGUAGUCUCGCUCACACUAGACGAUCUUCUAUCUGAUCUUGGAGGCAUCGGCACCCAGAUUUACCGUCUGCGCAAAUGGACGGGCAACAAUCCUCCAAUUCCUCUCUUUCAAACCUUUGAAGCGGCCGUAAUGAAGAGACUCGCGCAAUUUGAUAGUAGCCUAGCGGGGUUGCAAUCUCGCUAUUUGAACCCCGAAGUACCUGUUUCCGUCAGCUUGCUAGAACUCCACAACGAAGUCCGUGGAUUUGCUGGGCCGAUCUUACAGUUGGCAACAUUGGUUGUCGCCGUUAUGCCAACUUUGUCAGAGAAUCCAUUCUUAUAUCUCGAAGCGCUUUUCGAGCGCACAAGUCUUGCUCAGAUGAUGAGUGAUGUUGGGCUCUUCCAGUUCUUUGCCAGGAUAUUUCUGGACUGCCUUCAACCGUAUCUCAAACCCAUAAGAAUCUGGAUGGAACAUGGAGAGCUAGGACCGGACAAUGAGACAUUCUUCGUAUUCAUGAACGACAAAAGCAGCGAGGCUGCUUCGCUCUGGCACGAUAGGUAUGCCAUCAGGCGUCACCUAAACGGCGAACUGCAUGCUCCGAAUUUCCUCCACCCUGCGGCGUUGAGAAUAUUCAACACGGGAAAGAGUAUUGUAUUCUUGAAGGAGCUUGCAAAUCAUCACAAAUAUACCAACAUCGCACAAGACGAACCUCGUCUUGACUUCGAAACGAUCUGCGGGGAAGCCGAAUCACUUCCCUUCGCUCCCUUCUCUGAAUUAUUCGGUUCAGCAUUCGAAGCUUGGAUUGGCAGCAAAUUUAGCUUGGCAUCCACCGUCCUCAGACAGAAGCUGUCGUCUGAAUGUGGCCUCUGGGAAGUUCUCGACACAUUCCGGAUUGUUUACCUGGGAGCAGAUGGAUCUCUGCUCCAGGAUUUUGCCGACCUGGUAUUCGAGAGGAUGGAUGAACUUGAUUCGAAUUGGAACGAUCGAUAUCUUCUAACCGAGCUGGUACAUGGAAUAUACGGCGCUGUGCUAGCUCCUGGUCAAGCAGAGAGACUCGUUAUUCGCAGGAGCACCACGAAGCAUCGCGGCCGAUCUGUAAAGGGCUUGUCGGCAGUUGUUGUUGACUAUAAUAUCCCGUGGUCAAUAGCGAACAUCAUUCAGAAAUCUUCACUGCAGAUAUAUCAACGUGCUUUUGGCUUUCUUUUGAAAGUCUACCGCGCCAAAUAUCUUCUCCAGAAGGUGUCAUGGAACGAUAUACAGGGACUCGGCGACGACAGUCUUUCACGAUUAGGCCUCAAGAUGCGACAUCGCCUGAUCUGGUCUACUGACGUUCUUCGGACUUAUUUGACCGAGACUGUCUUUGCGUCUUCUACUUCGCAAAUGGAAGAAGCUCUCUCCGCUGCUGAUGACAUUGACGCCAUGGCUGGAAUUCACACAAGCUACAUCACUCGACUCCAAGACCUGUGCUUGUUGUCAAAGAACUUCUCUCCUAUAUACCAAGCUAUCAUGUCCUUGCUAGAUUUGGUUGUCGACUUUGCCGACGCCCAUUCGCGAAGACCAAAUGCGAGCGCUUCUCUAGCUAAAGUCCAAACGUCACAACAAAAGAGAGAUGCGAGAAGGCGGAAGUUGCGUGAUCGCCGCCGAAGUAUUAUCCCUACUCGCCAAAACUCUUCAGAUGACGGGUCCGAGGAUGAGUACGAUGGAGAUGCAGAGAGCUCCACUUCUCACGACGCGGCGACCAGUGAAAGCCUUUACAAGAUCCAGGAACAAUUCGAUCGUCUUGUGCCCUUUGUCGUGGCGGGAUUGAAGGGCGUCAGCAGGGCUGGCGGGGAAAGCGCCUGGGAGAUGUUAGCAGAGAGGCUAGACUGGAACUUCAAGGUCCGUUGUUCUUGAAUAAAUGGCAGAGCAAAUCCAUUCUAGUCGAACCUUUUGUCGUUGUUCAUGGCUCUCUACCGGGAUGCUAAGUUCUUCACGAGAGAUCGUAUGAUCGAUACAGUCAUACAAAACAACGUUUCGACUUGCGUCUCUAAAACUUGAUCGCACCACUCAGGAUCACCUGCU